AUGCCGGAGGGGCCACGCUGCCACUGCGGCCAUGCAGGAUGGAGCAGCCGCUCCAAACGCCGGCCGUUGGCCGAGAUGUGCUCGCGCCGUGCACUGGCCUGCCGGAGGCAGUCUCGCCUUUGCGCCUCGAGUUGGAGACCGGGGAGCGUAGCCGGUGCGCCCCGCGAGAAUGAGCCCGCCGCGCCAUGGCUGAGCGGAGAGAACCGCAUCGGCCGCUGGCCGCUUGUGCCAUCGGGCUGCGAGCCGCGCCGGAGGAGGGCUGCGUGCUGCUCGCUGCGCCGCGAACGGUUGGGAACGACGCGCUAUGGUCGCUGGCCGCUGUCUCCACAUCGGAGCCGUGGGCCACAGCCGCCUCCUCCUUGGUUUGGUUGUCUCCGGACGCCGGCCGAGGCCGCGCCGUCUGAGCACUUCACCUCACGGCGAACGGGACGCCGCGGGGUCGAGGCCGCGUCAGAACCGAGGGCUGCAAGCGCACUGGGCACCGCCUCCGCGCCGGGAUUCGCGGUGGUCAGCGAGGGCGACGCCGGCCGUGAAGACGUCACAGCGUUGCUGCACAGCGAGGCGGUUGGCAUGGAAGGCGUCAUCAACCACCGCCGAUCCGCGUCUUUGGCCGCGCCGCGCCGCUGCGCUAGUCUGCGGCCUGCCCCCGCUUCUCUUCGCACGGGAUGCAUGCAUGCGGAUGCCCGUCUUUGCUUCGUCCGGGUUUAUGCGUAACCACCCACUGCGGCAUGGCCUUUUCUCUCAGCGGAGAGACACGCGCUGAUAACGUGUUCUGACUAGAGAGCGAGAGAGACAAUAGACAGAGA